UUUCCUCGUUGACGGAACUGCUUCUUCGAGCAAUCGCUAAACUAUUCGCGCGAAAUAUUUUUUCAAUCUUCACGGGCAUUCUUUUUCUUUCUUUGAUUUUUUCAUCUUUGGAAAAGCCUCGAGCCAAUCAAGGUCGCCACAUAAUUCCAGUGAAAAAAAUAAAUCUAAGUGAUCCCCCGAAAAACUGUAAAAAGCCGAGUAAAAAAUUCAAGAGACUCAAUCCUAUUUUCCCAUUUUUUUCAUCUAAAAAGUGGAGAGGAGUUUAAGUCAAGUUGCAAAGCCGAGUGAGAAAGAAGAAACCCAGAGAGAAGAGGUAGAAAAUCUGAGAAGAGUUUUGGAAGAGAGAAAAAAAAAAAGAGUAACACUCGUAAAAGCCGAUUCGAUUCUCUGGCUUAUCCUCCAACGAAUAAAAAAAAAAAAAGAGGAGAUUGGUUUGAGAGGACGGGAUUUAGCUCGAGCGUCGAAUGCCUUCAAUUCGAUCAUCUGAUAAUCAAUUAGGCUUAAUUAUCAAUUAAUCCGGAAAAUUCUGGUUGAGAGUGGUAUUGCUGUUGAUGGGGGGGAGCAAUUAAGAGAUUAUAAAGAUCUACAAAAGCCCCUGGGGGGCUGAGGUUGGAGUAACUCAUCCAUGAGUUCGUUAGGGGUACCACCGGUCAACGGAUGAUUAUGGAAUCAACAACUUGGAGGCGCGGGACAAUGUCCCUCAGAUCGAUCAUCAUUUGCUUUGGAAUUUUUGCUGUUAUAAAUCAGUCGAGAGCGAGCUGGGAGGAGUGGUGGACGUAUGACGGCAUUUCCGGUCCUUCAUUCUGGGGUCUUAUAAAUCCACAAUGGUCACUAUGUAGCAAAGGUAGACGCCAGAGUCCCAUAAACAUUGAGCCAGACAAGUUACUAUUCGAUCCUCACUUGAGACCGGUUCAGGUGGACAAGCACAAGGUCGCUGGACAUCUCCACAAUACUGGACAAUUUCUGGUUUUCAAGGCUGAUAAAGAAUCCAAGGUCAGGGUUAAUAUAACUGGAGGCCCAUUGGCGUAUCAUUACCAGUUUGAAGAGAUUUAUAUUCACUACGGAAUGGAUAAUAAACUCGGCUCGGAGCAUCGUGUCAAUAAUUAUCCUUUUCCCGCUGAGAUCCAGGUUUAUGGAUUUAAUGCUGAGUUGUAUCAUAAUAUGAGCGAGGCGCAGCACAAGAGCCAGGGGCUCGUUGCCAUUUCAAUCAUGGUUCAGCUUGGUGACAGGCCAAACCCCGAGCUCACACAAACGGCCUCAGUCGGUCACCUAUCCCUGAGGGAAUUAUUGCCAGAUACCGAUGGCUACAUGACCUACGAGGGAAGUACAACCCAUCCUGGAUGUUGGGAGACAGCCGUAUGGCUCAUAUUAAAUAAACCGAUAUACAUCAGCGCACAAGAGUUGUACGCACUCAGAAGACUGAUGCAGGGUACAGAGAAAACACCAAAGGCACCACUUGGUAAUAAUGCAAGACCACUUCAGGGUCUUCAUCACAGGACUAUACGUACAAACAUUGAUUUUCACAAACCACCAGAUGCCAAAUGCCCAUCUAUGAAACCCGAUACCCGUUACAAAGCCAACACGUGGAAGGACGGACCCCUUCCCCACAACGGUGUAUGAGCAAUUAAUCAAAAACAUUUUCAAGAGAAAAAAAAAACCACUGAUUUUAACCGGUAUAUUUAUAUAAAUAUUUUAAAAACCAUGAAUUAUUCUAAAUUGACGAACGAAAAACAAUGCGACGCUUUACGACAAUUAUGCUUCACUGUGCAUUUUUUUCAUUAUUAUUUUUAUGAUUGUUGGUUUAAAAAGUGGAACGAGAAGAUGAACGAUUUAAUUUAUUUAUAGAAAAAUUAUAGAAAAGGGUGAUUUUUUUUUUCCACCGCUGUUGUGGAGUCAUUUAUAUCUAGUAAACAACUGAUAAUUCAAUAAUCAAGAGUAAUAUUAAAUUAGAGUUUAUAAUUCCAUUGUAAAAUUAAUUUGUCUCUUUCAUCUUCUCAUUUCGUUGGACAGAGCGGAAAAUACUGAGAGAAAAACUGAGGAAAAUGAAUAAUACCCGAGAGCUUUAUGUGUUCUGAUAAGAUAAUACUCGAAUCAAUUGCACAACAGAUAAAAAAUUGUCAAAAUCGAAUGAAAUUAAAAGGAGAAAAAAGAGAAGA